AUGCAUUCGGAGACCAACUCGUCCCCGCAGCAGCGGAUCAUCACCUCGGACCAGUGGGUUUUCGAUCGCAGAGGUACGAAAGACGACUCCAAGACUCACACUGGGAAUCGCGCCAAGCGCGCUACGUUAUCGAAACAAGAACGGGAAAUGCGUCGCAAACAGCGUGAGAUUGAGACAGAGCAACUGCAACAGGAAUAUAGCACGGUUCAGAGCGAAAACUCGCGACUCAAAACGGUAAUAGCGAAGCUCAAGCAAGAUAUCGAGGUGUACACGCAGCUAGUGAUAGAAUCGUCGAGAGGACAGCACCGAACAGGGCCAUCCGAUGGCAUGGGCGUGGAUGUCGGGAUCAGCAAUCGUGACGAGCUGCCGCCUAUGGAAACGCUGCUGGUGAACGUAUCGAAACGACGCAAACGCGGGCGAAAAUCGCGGCAGGACCCGCCGGACGCGGUCGCGGCUGCAAAUGCGACGGACGACGACGACACGCUUGGAGUGCUGAGAAACACACAAGCGGACGUAAUGCUGGCGCCGGGCGCCGCGGACGUGGGACCUGAGGAGGUGGAUCUGAUGCAAAAGUUGAAAAACGUGCUUGCAGAAAUGGAGUGA